AUGACAAACAAAAAAGCAGAUUCAUCAACAUCCGAGGGAAACCAAAAAAAGGAUGCAACGGAACUUAUGAAUGAAGUCAAGAGGACUGAGAGUAGCAGCAAUGAUAAACAGGAUUGUGUUUGCUCCAACGACCCACCAGAGAGCUCUAAAGAAGCAGAGCCAAGAACUGAGUUGAUCAAUAAAGAAAACCCAGAAGCUCAGGAGAAUGAAACUGUUAGUCAGGAGAAGGAAGAAACCAUCCUGGACCAAGAGGACGAAUCAACUAGCCAGGAGAAGGAAGAAUCCUAUCCAGUCUUUUCACUCUCUAAAUCGGCCGAGGUAAACUUUAAUGAAGCCCAAGACCCUUCUGAUACUGAGCCCUUACUGCUUUUAACUAAUGGAAGCCCAAAGCCUCUCCUCUGUAAAACCCCUAGCCAAAGUGUGCAUAUGCUGGAUGAGAUUCUCCGAAUACCCGGGUCGAGAGAAGGAAAAUCGAACAAGGAGGAACUCAAUGGAGGAAUCUCAACUAGAAGCAGCAAGAUUAAGAAAAAGCCAGAUGUUGGAAGUCAAAAUAAAAAGUAG